GUUGCACGUCAGGAGCAUAAAGUUUUUUUCUUUCGUUUAUUUGUUGGAAAACUGAGCAGCGACUGCGUUAAACCAGCGCUACCUUCAAUAGAAAAGACACAAGACCUCCAGAGUGAGUUCUAGUGACAGGUGUAAAUGCUCGGGAUGUCGGCGAACAGUGUGUCGUACAAUGAUCAGGGUGGAUCUGUGGAAUCUGGCGUGGACGCGGCGCAGGAGAGCAUCCCAGCACCACCACCAUCAGCACCGGAGCGGCGUUCGGCCUCUUCAGCACUGACUUCAAGAAGAAUGAAGACUUGAAGGAGAUGCUGGAAAGCAACAAGGAGUCUCUGAAACUGGAGGCCAUGAAGAGAAUAGUCGGGCUGAUUGCGAAGGGAAAGAAUACGUCUGAACUUUUCCCUGCAGUGGUGAAGAACGUCGCAAAUAAAAACAUUGAGCUGAAGAAGCUGGUGUAUGUGUACCUCAUCCGGUAUGCAGAGGAGCAACAGGAUCUUGCCCUCCUGUCAAUCAGCACCUUCCAGAGGGCCCUCAAGGAUCCUAACCAGUUGAUCAGAGCGGGCGCUCUCAGGGUUUUGUCCAGUAUCAGAGUGUCAAUCAUCGUCCCCAUCAUGAUGUUGGCCAUCAAAGAGGCAGCAACUGACCUCUCACCUUAUGUCCGGAAAACUGCUGCUCACGCCAUUCAGAAACUCUACAGUCUGGAUCCCGACCAGAAAGAGCAGCUGAUCGAAGUGAUCGAAAAACUCCUGAAAGACAAAAGCACAUUGGUAGCGGGCAGCGUGGUGAUGGCAUUUGAGGAGGUGUGUCCAGACCGUAUCGACCUUAUCCAUAAGAACUAUAGGAAGCUGUGUAACUUGCUGGUAGAUGUGGAGGAGUGGGGUCAGGUCGUCAUCAUACACAUGCUGACACGAUAUGCCAGGACGCAGUUUGUCAGCCCAUGGAAAGAGGAUGGUGUAUUUGAUGAGAACGGUGAGAAAGCUUUUUAUGAUUCUGAGGAGAAGAGAGUGGAUCAGUCCAAAACCUAUAUCAUGGAUCCAGACCACAGACUCCUGCUGAGAAACACCAAACCAUUGUUACAGAGCAGAAACACUGCAGUUGUGAUGGCAGUAGCUCAGCUCUACUGGCAUUUGGCCCCUAAACAUGAAAUCAGUAUCAUCACUAAGUCCCUGGUGAGGCUUCUGAGGAGCCAAAGGGAAGUUCAGUAUGUAGUGUUGCAGAACAUUGCCACCAUGUCCAUCCAGAGGAAGGGAAUGUUUGAACCCUUCAUGAAGAGCUUCUAUGUGAGGUCGACAGACGCCACUCACAUCAAAACACUCAAGCUGGAGAUUUUGACCAACUUGGCAAAUGAAGCAAACAUUUCCAUUAUACUGCGAGAAUUUCAGACAUAUGUAAAAAGUCAGGACAAGCUUUUUGCGGCAGCCACCGUCCAGGCUAUCGGCAGAUGUGCCACAAAUAUCACAGAGGUUACAGACACCUGCCUCAAUGGACUCGUACUCCUGCUGUCCAACAGAGAUGAAACUGUUGUUGCAGAGAGUGUAGUGGUGAUAAAGAAACUCCUGCAGACGCAACCAUCACAGCACAGUGACAUCAUCAAACACAUGGCCAACCUCUUCGACAACAUUACUGUCCCAAUGGCAAGAGCCAGCAUCCUGUGGCUGAUGGGUGAGUAUUGUGAACACGUGCCUAAAAUUGCCCCUGAUGUUCUGCGAAAGAUGGCCAAGACCUUCACUGACGAGGAGGACAUCGUCAAACUCCAGAUCGUCAACCUUGCGGCCAAACUCUACCUGACCAAUUCAAAACAGACUAAAUUGCUGACUCAAUAUAUUCUGAACUUGGGCAAGUACGAUCAGAACUAUGACAUCAGGGACCGAACGCGGUUCAUACGUCAACUUAUCGUUCCGAAUGAGAAGAGCGGAGCUCUCAGUAAAUAUGCUAGACGCAUCCUGAUGGCGCCCAAACCGGCUCCUGUACUGGAGUCUGCCUUUAAAGAUCGGGAUCGUUUUCAACUCGGCACGCUGUCUCAUACUCUCAAUACACAGGCCACUGGGUACCUGGAGCUCUCUGAUUGGCCGGCUGUCGCUCCCGACCAUUCAGUGAGAAAUGUGGAGGUUUUCGAACCGCAGGCAAAGGAGACUGGUGGACCAGCGCUCGGUAAAGCCAAAUCUGCUAAAUCAAAAGAGAAGUUCUACUCUGAUUCUGAAGAGGAGGAGGAGGAGGAGAAGAAGUGGAGCGUGAGCAGUAGUGAGGACAGUAGCAGCAGCAGUGAAGAAUCAGGAAGUGAAUCUGAGAGCGAGGCAAGCAGCGAAGAUUCAAACAAGAGUUCCAGCCAAUCAGAGAAGACCUCCAGCAAAUCAGACUCUGACAAGAAAAAGAAAACUCUAAAAAACCAACAACUACAACAGCAGAAACCCUCAAGUAAAGACAGGGUGCAGAAGAACAGAAACACUGUAAAGGCUGAAUCCAGAUCAGAAAGUGAAUCAGGGUCAGUGAGUUCUUCCUCAGGGAGCUCCUCUGAAUCAGAAUCUGGAUCUGAACCAGAUUCCGAUUCAGACUCUGGAACAGAGUCCAAACCUGUCAAAUCCAAACCGGUUGCAAAGGUUGAGGAAAAGAAGGAAGUGUCUCUUCUUGACCUUGAUGACUUCUCUCCUGUGCCAGUGACCACUCCCAAAAGCUCCAUGCUGUCUCCUAGUCUGUUGUCUGGCCUGCAGGGACUCUCCAUCUCACCCACUGCAUUGGCCUUACAGGCGACUUCUCCCGUGUUUGUGCCGGAAACCUCGCAUGAGCUUCUCCACAGGAUGACGGGUAAAGGUCUGUCCGCCCAGUACCGCUUCACCCGCCAGCCCUGUAUCUAUGGCAACAGCAUGGUGUCUCUGCAGCUGACACUAAGCAACACUAGUGACCAAGCCCUCGAGAACAUCCACAUCUCAGAGAAGAGCUCCUCUGGACAAAACAUCCACUGCAUUAACAAUAUCGAGCAUUUGGAGCCGCAAGCGUCAGUAACAGUGUCUAUGGGUGUGGACUUCAAUGACUCCACACAAGCGGCAAACUUCCAGCUCUGUACUAAAGAAGAUGAAUUCAGUGUGUCCGUCCAGCCUGCGGUAGGAGAGUUGCUGCUGCCCAUCACGAUGAGUGAACCGGACUUCACCAAAGAGCAAGGUAAGCUGGUAGGCAUGAACGAGUCAUCUGCAACGAUAGAAAUGAAACCAGAAAAUGCCUCCAGCCAAUCAGUAAACCGGAACGUGGUGUCUGUUGCCAACUUGGGUGUCGUUCCAUCCAGUCAGGACAACAUACACAGGUUUGCUGGCAAGACGGUGAGUUCGGGUUCUCUGGUCCUGGUGUCAGUCACCCUAAAGGAUUCCAGCACUCUGGUCACUGUUAACACUGAGAAAACUAUGAUCGGCUCUAUGCUCCUGCGGCAGUUUAAAACAGCCCUGAUGAACAGCGCCCCCUAGAAAGAGUCAUCCAACACACAGCAAAAAGAGCUAGGAAGAUCUUACACCUAUCAAGUGCUCACCCUUUAACCCUUUCACACUCAAACACACUCUCAAAUUCAGUCACAGAUAAGUGCCAUUAUUCAAAUGCAAAGUGUCAGUUUGUGUUGCAAUGAUUUGGGAUGUUUUGUAUUUGUGUUGUGGGCAGAUAUAUAUUUAUAAUUUGUGUCAAUUGUUUAAGUGUGCUGACAGACCGUUUCAAAUCUGUUCCUGAUAUUUCUGAGUUUGCUGUAUUCUGAAAAUUAUCGAUUAAUACUGACGAUUUGCAGAAUUUCUUUAGUAUUUAUUUUUUCUUCAUUAGACUUAUAUAUGACCAGUGUUGCCAAAUCAACAAUUUGAAGUAGUCCGUCUGCUCUGCGAGGUCAAUGAAGCUUGUAUAGUGUCCAAAACAUUUGUUAUAUUGCUCUCAAAUCCAUGUGAAGUGCCUUUCUUUAGACGAUUAACCCAAGUGCCCAACAGGCUCUGCCAACGAGCCCCACUAUUUUAACUACUGCCAUAAUUACAAUGAUUAAAAAAAUAAUAAUCAUACAGAAACUAAAAAGCAAUCUUGAUUAAUCUGUGUCAUACCAUAAUGUGCCAUAUGGAAUGCAAACUCAACGCUUCAAAGUUCUAAUUGCAGAAUAGCGACUGUGAUGUCAUCAGUAGCUGAUUACCUGGUGUUGCUAGUGAACAAAGAAAGGACUUAGUGUUUCUAUGGAUAUAAUAUUUGUUUAUCUUUCUAAAUUGUUCCCUGCCUAUAUCUCUUAAGAAAAUGAAAUGAAAGUGGAUGAAUAAAUGGAACCACAGCUUGAAACCACACUCAAAAAAAUAGCACUUUGGAUGAACAGGAUUGAAUCAUGGACGUUCAAUCGUUCCACGUGAUUGAAACGAGUUCUCUUAACAAAACGGAAUCAAUCUAAACCCAAUAAAACAGAUCAUGUAAAACUAACUUGAAUGAAUGAAUGGUGUUUUUUUUAAUAUGAAUGAAUGUUUUUCAUUUAACUUGAAUCAGUUGUUCUCCUACAUUUAAGCCUUCUUGUCUUGUUUAGCCUACAUGUUUAUAUCACUACAACUAGGUAUAAUGCCAGUUAUAAACGUCAAUUCUAUUUUCUCAUUCUUCAGUGACUGCAGCACAUGGUAUGAAACUAAUCCAUUUAUUGGGAAAAAGUUCGAAGUCUGUUGUACAUACCACAUUCAAAGCUUAAGGGAAUACAGGUUCAAUACAAGUUAAGCUCAGUCGAAAGCAUUUGUGUCAGUGUUGAUUAUUUUGACUCGUCCUUUUCUUUAAGUGAGGCACUUACAAUGGAAGUAAAUGGGCCUAUUUGUGGAGGGUUGAAAAACACUGUAAAUUCGUAUAAGUUCUACAAACUUACAAAAUGUAGUGUUUACUUUUAUACGUUUCAAAACUUAAGCUUUGUAUGUACUUAUUUUUUAAGCCAUGUUAACUUGAUAAUUAAACUAUAUAAUUUUAGGUGACUCGAAAUGUGCUAGUAGGAGUACUUAAAAAUGUUUUGCAACUGCCUUGUUUUAAGCUUCCUUA